CCUGUAGUUACUGUCUACACAUACUCACCCCCAGGAUUUUUACUUGUAUCACCUACAUUGUAUACAGAUUCGAACUCACUACAGCUCAUCAACAACAAUGGCAGCAACCCAGGCUGCUAACAUCGUCGAGAAGGUGGUCGGGCACAGUGGCAAUGCUACCAUCACCACCGAUGUGAGCAAUUAUGCCAAGGGAGAGAGCGGGCAGGAGACUGGCGAAAAGAUCAAGGCCACUACCUGGCAGGGCAAGAACAACGUCGAAGUUGUGGAAAUGCCCAAGCCAAGAGUGAUUGAUGAAGGUGAUGUGAUUGUCAAGGUUACUGGCAGCACAAUCUGUGGAAGCGAUCUUCACCUCUAUCACGGUGUCAUUCCUCAGCUUGAGAAAGGCGAUGUGCUUGGACACGAGUUCUGUGGAGUGGUUGAGAGCGUUGGACCAGGAGCAAAGAAUGUCAAGGUCGGCGAUCGCGUCGUCGCAUCUUUCCCCAUCUCGUGCGGCGAAUGCAGAAACUGCAAGAAAGAGCUGACCUCGGUUUGUGAACGAACGAACGAAAACACCAUCGCCAAUGCCAUGUACGGGAAGCGAACUGCAGGCAUGUUCGGUUAUAGCCACUUUACAGGUGGCUUUGCGGGAGGGCAAGCCGAGUAUGUUCGUGUGCCCUAUGGCGACCAGAACCUGCUCGCACUUCCCGAUGAUGUCCCUGAUGAGAAGGGCUUGUACCUUUCUGACGUCCUCGCCACAUCCUAUCACUGUGUGGUGGACACAGGCGUCGACAAGGGCGACGUAGUCGCCAUUUGGGGUGCAGGACCGAUUGGCCAGAUGGUGGCCACCUUCAGUUUCCAGCAGGGGGCCAGUCGAGUGAUCGUCAUUGAUGGAGGCGACGCGGCAUGGCGCUUGGAUUUCAUCAAGAGUAAAUUGCCCAAGGUGGAAACGCUCGACUUCACUAAGCUGCCUCGUGGCGAAUCCGUUACCUCUCAACUGAAGAAGAUGGUUCCUGGUGGGCCGGAUGUGGCCCUAGAGUGUGCUUCGGGAGAAUUCGCCAAGGGAUGGGCGCACUACUUUGAGGUUCUCCUGGGAAUGGAGACUGACACCUCGGAGAUGCUUAACGAGAUGAUCACCUCAGUACGACCCUUUGGACGCAUUGGCGUUACCGGAGUGUAUACUGGCUUUACCAACCAUUUCAAUAUCGGUGCUUUGAUGCAGACCGGUGUCCGUUUGAUCGGCAACGGUCAAGCUCCCGUGCACCGAUACUGGAAACAUCUCCUGGAGCUCAUCCGCAAAGGAGAGAUCAACCCCUUGGACAUGGUCACGCAUCGGGUGCGGCUAGAGGACAUGUCUAAAGUGUAUGAGUUGUUUAAUAGUCGCGAAGGGGGAAUCCAGAAAGCGUUUGUCGCGACCAAGUAUUCAUCCCCCCCGGCCGAAGGAGCCCCUACUCUGGUUGAGCUGUAGUGCUCCGAGGGACAGGAUAAAGACAUCUUGAUGGGCUUUGAUUUUCUCUUGUACUAAGAAUGAUGAUGUGUGACUUACUAGUACUGUAUACUGUAAUGUGCAAAUGAAAUCAAUUCCAC